AGGAGGAAGGGUAGACGAGGCUCAGAAAAGAGAGAGCAGGGGAGCAAAAGGCAUGAAAGGAGUGAACAGAGGAGGAGAGGGAAUGAGGAAGGAUGAAAAAGGGGAGGAGAAAAUAAGAGAAGGGGGUGGAUGGGAGAAUAAAGAGAGAACGGAGGAGGGGGCCCAGUUUCCAUCUCUCACCACAGGAAAUCUGAGUGUGGUUUAAAUUCAAGCCGGAGUCUCCUCUGCAAACAACUCAGAGAGUUACAGAGAGUGUGAAGAGCAUACAGCAGCAUGGCCAGCCGUGUGGAGCAUCCUGCUGCAGGCUAUAGGAAGAUCUUUGAGACAGUAGAGGAACUGAAUGAACCCAUACCUGCAAAGAUCACUGGUGUUAUACCAUCAUGGCUGGGUGGCAGUCUGCUCAGGAUGGGUCCUGGUCUUUUCGAGGUGGGGGAUGAACCUUUCCACCACUUGUUUGAUGGCCAGGCUCUGAUGCACAAGUUUGACCUGAAGAACGGGCAGGUGACUUACUACAGAAAGUUCAUCAGGACCGAUGCCUAUGUUCGUGCCAUGACUGAAAACAGAGUGGUCAUCACUGAGUUUGGCACAGUAGGCUACCCAGACCCCUGCAAAAACAUCUUUUCCAGAUUCUUUACUUACUUCCGAGGCACUGAAGUGACUGAUAACUGUGUAGUGAAUGUGUAUCCAAUCGGUGAGGACUUUUAUGCUGUCACAGAGACCAAUUACAUCACCAAGGUUGAUCCUGAUUCGCUGGAGACGUUAAAAAAGGUGGACCUGUGUAAGUAUCUCUCAGUGAACGGGCUGACUGCCCACCCCCACACUGACACAGAUGGUACAGUCUAUAACAUUGGUAACUGUUUUGGCAAGAACAUGAGUCUGGCUUAUAACAUCGUCAAGAUCCCACCUGCUCAGAAAGACAAAUCAGAUCCCAUAGAGAAGUCGGAGGUUGUGGUUCAGCUGCCCAGCAGUGAGAGGUUAAAACCCUCAUACAUGCACAGUUUCGGUAUGACAGACAACUAUUUUGUAUUUGUGGAGCAGCCAGUGAAGAUCAACCUGCUCAAGUUCCUGUCAGCUUGGAGUAUCAGAGGAGCCACGUACAUGGACUGCUUUGAGUCCAAUGACAGCAUGGGGACAUGGUUCCACCUGACCACUAGAGACCCAGCAGGCUAUUUGAGCAGCCACAAGUUCAGAACAUCAGCUUUCAACCUCUUCCACCACAUUAACGCCUAUGAAGACGAGGGCUUCAUCGUCGUCGACCUCUGCACGUGGAAAGGUCAUGACUUUGUGUAUAACUACCUGUACCUGGCCAACCUGAAGGAGGAGUGGGAGGAGGUGAAGAAAGCAGCGAUGAGAGCUCCUCAGCCUGAGGUCAGACGAUACGUACUGCCACUGGAUAUACACAGGGAGGAGCAGGGAAAGAACCUGGUAUCUCUGCCCUACACCACAGCUACUGCUGUUCUUCACAGUGAUGGCACCAUCUGGCUUGAACCUGAAGUCCUCUUUUCUAGACCAAGACAGGCCUUUGAGUUUCCACAGAUUAACUACUCUCUGUGUCGUGGGAAGAAGUAUUCCUUCGCCUAUGGCCUGGGACUCAACCACUUCAUCCCUGACAGGAUAGUGAAGUUGAACGUGCAGACCAAAGAGACCUGGGUGUGGCAGGAGGAAGAGUGUUACCCAUCAGAGCCGCUGUUUGUACCAACACCUGGAGCUACAGAGGAGGACGAUGGUGUUCUGCUGAGUAUCGUGGUGAAGCCUGGUGCAGAGAGACCAGGUUUCCUGCUGGUGCUGGAUGCCAUGAAACUGACUGAGCUGGCCAGGGCAGAGGUCAACACCAUCAUCCCUGUGACCUUCCACGGCAUGUACAAACCAUGACCCAGACUCUGAACCUCAACUGAACAAGACACUUCAGUCCUGCUCACUCUGCAUGACAGCUCAGUAGAUUUUUCAAUUAGAAAUGGACUCCAAAGAGUAGUUUUUUCUGCCAAAGCUGCUGCUAGAGUAGAAUAACUACAGUGGCUAUGAUUCAUAUCUGAACAUCACAGUAAAACAUUAGUAAGUGGUGUGUAAAUAAUUUACAAAUGACUAUUGUUCUUCAUUUUUGGGACAUAAUUGGAACAUAUAUACAGAGGAACAACAUAUAACAUGUUAUUUCCAUAUUUCCUUGGGCUCAAGCCUUCUGCUGAUUGUAAUAUAAAACCUCGCUGCAGUGAAAAUGUCUUAAUUCAGUGUCAUCUGUUAUAUUUGUCAUCAUUAUAAAACAAGAGCUACAACUGAAAACAAACACACUAGUUUUGCAAUUUAAAAAUGUAUUUACAUUUGUUGAGCUUCAUUUAUACAAAUAAAAAACAUUAGUGAUUAUUUUACAUUUGUAAUUACAGAGAUUUCUUGCAAUGUAGUAUUUUUGACAAAAAUUGCAACAGUAAAAUGUGAGCUACAUGUUAAAGCUCCUAUAAGGUGCUUUUGGACAGAUUUAAUUUUUUGUCACAUUAUAAUCUGUUUAAAAAAACAAAAACAAAGAAAGAAACAAAAACAAGAUCUCUCCUGAUUUGGGUUAAGGCUAAAACAGACCAGUGGGCUGCUGUAUGUAGACUUUUAUCUACAGCACAAUCAAACAGCACCUUGUCAAGGUGUAGUGUACCUUAAUGUAUGAAUGAAGGCCAAGACCUGAUGAGGCACUUUUACCUGAUUAAACAAGAUAUCUUUACUCAAGCCCACAAAACUGUAAGAACUGCAAUACCUACAUGUACAGUGCCCAGGGUUAUCCUUCUAGUAAUCAUUUUUGAACAUGCAUCAAUAGUCAGUAAAAAGUCAGUAAAUACUGUAAAUAAACUUUCAUCUUUCA